CUUCCUCCUCAGUUGCAGUUUGCUGAGCAUCCAGCAGAGGUCAGUCAUGUCGCACAUCAACACCACUGAGCUGCAGUCGCUCCUGCUCUCCUUCCUGUGGCACUGCCUCAACAGAACAAGUAUACCAUCUCCCUCAAUUACUCCAAACUACACUACCCAGCAGGCACUGCACCAUGUGGCUGGAGCCAAAGGGCAGUCAGAGGGGAUCAUGUAUAUCCUUCUGGUGGUCGGCAUGUUCAGCUUCUUCACAUUUGGGAUCAUGCUCAGUUACAUUCGUUCCAAGAAGCUGGAGAGCUCUCACGAUCUGUACCACCAGUACAUUGCCCACGACUGGACCAAGGUGGUGACUCCAUCCAGGGCCGCCACUCAGGCUCUGCACAGGGAGUCCGCAGGUAACAGAGCCUGCAGCAAGGAGCCAGUCAUCAUCUGCAACCCAGCAACACUGCAGCAACUGCCAGGCUAG